AUGGCCCUCCCCCCAUCGCCGACCAAGAGCGGCCGCGCCAGCCCGAACCUGUACCACCUCGACGUGCGGCAGCAGCCUCGUCAAGCUCGCAUGGCUGGCUCGGGCGAGAAGGCCGACCGUCGCCCGAUCGACCCGCCGCCCAUCAUCCGCCUGCGCAUUCGCCGACCUUCAGCUCGCAAGAAGCCCGCCCACCUCCUCACCGACGACGACCUCGCGACGCCGACCCUCACGCACACGCUCUUCAUGUUUGCGUCGCUCGUCGAAGAGGACAGCGAGCAGGAGAUGUUCGAGGUCUGCGGGUCCAAGACCGCCGUCGUCAGCGGCAGCGUCGUGUCGAGCCUGUUCCACUUGCGCGACCAGAGCUGCUUCGUCUUUCCCGACAUGAGCGUCCGCAUGGAGGGACGAUGGCGGUUCAAGAUGAGCCUGUACGAGGUCAGCGAGGAUGGCGCCGAGUUCCGCACAUCGAUCCUCACCGACGUGUUCCAGGUCUACUCGAGCAAGCGCUUCCCGGGCAUGAGCAAAUCUACCGAGCUCUCUCGGUCGUUCGCGCAACAAGGACUUAAACUCCGCAUCCGCCGACCCGAGUCCGUCAACCACGAGGACAGCAACGAGCCCCCGACACCUCCCACCCCCGUGUCCGCGCCCAAGAAGCCGACUGCUCGUCGCACGAGCAACGAGUCGUUCGCCGAGCCCACGCCCCGACGGCCGUCAGCUCCCGUCGCGUCGACCUCGCAGCACGGGCUCGGCGUCCACCCGCCGCCGCCGCCGCGCCUAUUCGCCUCGUGGGACGCGGCGACCGGUGCGGCUCGGGCGCGCACGAGCCCGCAGCUCGCGUCGCGAGGGCUGUUGGCCGCGCCGGCGCGAGAGGCCCCGCUUGGCGGCGUCGUCCCUCGCCCGCCCACCAUCGCUCCUGCCCCCUCGGCGCCGCCUCACGCGCCGCAGCAGUCCUACUCUGGGCCGCAGCGCACCGCGUCCGGGAGCCACCGCCUCCAGGCGCACCCGUACGGCCUCCUUCAAGCCGCGCCCACUUUCCCUCACGCCCGCCCUCUCCCACCUCCUCGAGCGCACACCUUUGCGCACCAAGCCGUCCCUCCCUCGUCGCACUCGUAUCCUCCUCCUCGAUCUCGCGCGCACUACCCGCUGCACCCGCACUCGCCGCCGCCGAUCCUCGCCCCGCUCCGGCACCAUCUCGGCCCGCCUCACUCGCCCUCGUCGGCUUCCACCGCCGGAUCGUCCCGCCCGCCGUCGGCAGCGUCGACCUCGGCGUCGAGCAGCUACAUGGCGACGGGCCCGCACUCGCACCACGCGCACGAUCAGCCACAACUGCGCCUGUCGCCGCCGUCGCUCUCGAGCAGCAGCUCGCGCCCGCAGACCCAGGCGGCCGAGUCGUCCCUGCGCUCCACCGACGCGCCCGUCGCGAGCGCCGCAUCGCCCGCGUGCGACAGCGACCGCCCGGCGGGCUCGCCUGCGCGCCCGACGCCGGCGAGGACGGGCAGCCUUGCGAUGCUGCUCGGCGAGGGGCGCGACGCCAAGGAGGUCGACGGCGGCGACGGCGAGGCCAUGUUCUACUGA